UUGUCGCUUCAGAACACUCGGAACUUUCUACAAACAGCUGGUGUUUGAAAUUGAAAAGUGCCGAUAUCAAGAAAAUUUCAUCAAUUGCUCGAAAAGAAAGGAAAAACAAUGAACGAAAAUAAUGAUGAAAAAACUAAUGAAGAGGCUUUCUCUAUUAGUAUCAUGGAGAACAUAGAGGAAGAGUAUGGAAUGUUUGUGUGGCCAUGUAGUAUUGUUCUGGCUGAGUAUAUCUGGCAACAAAGAUCAUUUUUUACUGGGAAAUCUGUUCUUGAGCUUGGUGCUGGAACUUCUUUGCCUGGUUUAGUUGCUGCAAAAGUUGGGGCGAACGUCACAUUAACAGAUGAUUCAAGCAGACUAGAGGUACUGGAAAACAUGAGAAGAGUUUGUCACCUCAAUAAACUCAACUGUAAAAUAAUGGGAAUCACUUGGGGAGAAUGGGAUCUACCUAUAUUCAGUCUACAACCGAGCAUCAUCUUGGGAGCCGAUGUAUUAUAUGACUCAAAAGACUUUGAUAAUCUCUUCACGACAGUCACUUUCCUGCUUCAGAAUACCCCUGGAUCCGUCUUUAUAACAUCUUACCAUAACCGAAGUGGUCAUCACCUAAUAGAGUAUUUAAUGGUAAAAUGGAGCUUAAAAUGUACAAAACUUCUUGAUGCAUUUUCUUUCAUGCCAUCUUGCAAGUGUUCCACUCUAACGGGGAAUAUUCAAUUGGUAGAAAUAACAUUGGAUGAUCAACAGUCACUAGCAUGAGGUACCACAUCAAGUACAGAUUGUGCAGAAGCCUUAGCGAUUCAGAAGGCGGUGAAGUGGGCUUUAAAACUACAACUCAGAGAAUCCAAGCUUCGAAGCAAUAUAGCAAAGGUGUGGUUUUCCUUUUGAACAAGAAGCCUGCAAGUUGUGAUUAUAGAGCAGAGACUAUAUUAUCAAAUGUCCAAAGUUCUUUGGAGAUUUUGGCAAAGAUGUCCAAAGGUCAUGUACAGGAAAUUACCGAAGUUAA